AUGGGGGGGGGGGGGGCUCUGCGGCACACUGUUGGCUCAGACCCCAAGAAACACGAGGCGGGGAAGAAAGAGGGGCACCCCAAACACAAGGACGGGCACAGCUCCUCUUCGGACUCCAGCAGCAGCUCCAGUGAGAGCGACGGGGAGCACCAUGGCAAGCCCCACUGCCCAGGCCACGAGCACAAGAAGAAGAAGGAGAAGAAGCUGAAUAAGGAGAAGAAGCCGAAGGAGAAGAAGGAGAAGUCCAAGGAGAAGAAGAAGAGCCACUGAUGCCAGCGCUAGGACUGGCCGCGUCUCGCCCAGCCUGCACAGGUGCCUCUGGGCAGAGACCCGGCCACAGAGCAGGGCCGCGAGGCGACCCAGCCUGGCACCCACGGCCGUUCGCUGUUAUCUCUGGAGCCUGCCCUUUGGAGCCUUAAUUGGAAAUAAACAAGCUCAGACGCACCCUU